GCCAUGUCGGAGAGUAUAGUGCGGAAAAUCCAGCCCUUCACAAUCGGCACCAAGCUCUCCGUGCCAGCCGUGCCCAAGUGCCCGGACUUCCCCGAGAGCUACUUGCCCACCAGCCAGGCUCUGGACAACUGCAACAAGCUGCGGCACAAUCUGAACGAGCAUGUGACCCUGUUCCUCGGUCGGACUCCUGCAGUGCGCCCUGGGAAUGUGCCCAGGCUAGUGCCACAGCCGCCAGCACCAUCACCACCGCCAUCAUCAUCAACAUCAUCAUCACCAUCACCGUCAUCAUCAGCCACAACAACAAUUUCACCAGAGACAAUGACAACAAUGGCAACAUCCACUAUGAUGACAACUCAGGUAAUGCAGGGCAUCAGGCAUCAUCAGCGUGCCAACAUGGCAGAGGAGGACCGCCUGAACAGAAAUGCCCAAAUCUCGCCAACCUCUGCCGCCUCUAGAUCCAUCAGGAAGAUCACCAUCUCCAGCAGCACGGACGGCCACACGCUGCCCAGGGCUGACCCGGAGGAGAGACUGGGCAUCCCACGGGUGAGAGUCAAUCACCAGAUAGAAAACAACAAUAACAACAACAACAUCACCACUACUACCACCACAUCUUCAUCCUCAUCCUCAUCCUCCUCCAACCCGCAAGUGCCAAGGAUAGUGGGAGUGAGCUGUGAGAAUAAGCCCAAUUCUCAUUUCAAGGUUUUGCUACGGAGAGAUUCUGAUGAGGACAGACAGAGCACCAGUGUUCGAGACAUGAGAGGGAAACAUGUUCAACAGACGCCGGUCUUCAAGGCCCUGUCGCCCAAGAGAGACCUACCAAAGGGGGAGAGUCCGGUGAGCGAGAGCAAGGACGCACCACUCCUUUUAAAGUCCACCACCAUCCUCGACGACCACUGCUUCACCCAGCGCAAUGCCCUCUUCAACAAGGAGAUCUCUCAGGCUGAGGCGUGGAUCAAAGGCAAGCUGAGGGACCUGAAGGACGGCUGCAACAUCCAGAGGUCGCCCCUGGCCGACUGGGAGGAGGUCUCCCAAACCCUGCAGAGAGACCUCAAGGACUUUGAGAACACCCUCAUCCAGCUCAACCAGAUGGGCGAACAGCUGAUGUGUAAGACCAACCCUACGUCAGACCUGGUGAAGAAACAGCUGAGCCAGGUGAGGGACCAAUGGCAGGUCCUGAAGCAGACGGCAGCCAAUCAGACAAAAGCACUGGGCGGGGCCAAGAACCUGCACGAGUUCAACAGGAAGGUGGACCGCCUGGAGGCCUGGAUCAAAGAGAAGCAGGAAGAGGAGCAGUGGCUGGCCAACCUCCUCGGGGAGAACAUUGACAAAAUGCAGCUGACGAGGAGGAUCUUAGAUUUGAAACAGGACGAGCAGUUGUAUCGCAACCUCCACGAGGAGAUCAAUCACCUGGCCCUGAAGCUGGAGAAGCAAGGCAAAGCCGAGGGGAGGAACAUCUCUACACGCAGGAAACACAUUAAUAAAAUGUGGCUGAAGGUCCAGUCCCUGCUAAAGGACUACCAUGAGAACCUCCAGCUUGCUCUGGAGGUCUCCUCCUUCUACCAACAGGCGGAUAACAUUAUGUGCGCAAUCAAUAACAUGCGAAGAGGAGCUUCUGGGAGUCCGAGUCAGGCCAGCGGUGGAGACGGGGAGAUCAGAGACAUCGCCAGCCAGAUUAUGAUGCUGGAUGUGACUGUCUCUCAGCUGUCAAACCUCCACCCCUCACUGGCCGCUAGAGUCACCCACAAGCAGGCCGAGGUGAAGGACUGCUGGGCGCUGCUCCAGAAGACUGUCAGGAGCGAGAAGCCCUCGGCUCCCCUCAGCUCCCAUUUCACCCGGGAAGACGGCGACCCGCCAACGGCCCCCAGAGAGCCCCAGUGCAGCGUGGGAACCGCGAGCGCACCGCACAGACUCAUGGGAAAGGAGGUGAAGGAGGAGCGGAAUCGGCUGAAGGGAUGUGCGGGUGGAAGGGAAGCCGUGACCACCAGAGUACCGCCAUGCAGCCCGGACGGAGGCAGCCAGAGCGCUGGAGCAACUGAGGUCAUCCCACGACCUCAGACUGACGCAGAGAGAGAGAGGAAGCAGAGGUCUGCAGCGACCAUAGCGGCGGCACUAGCUGCAGCAGUGAGCCGAGGGGACCACCCACCACCACCGCAACUCCUCCCACAAGCACAACUCCACCCUCAGCCACAGCUCCAGAGCCAGCUCCAGAAGUUCACUGUGUCUGCAGACAAGACCCUGUCUUGGCUGAAGGACAACGUAGCCAUGGCGACCCAGAUCUGCUACACGGUUGGCUCCAGCUCCAGCUUCGAGGCGGCCAAGAGGUGUCAGGCGGCUCUGGAGCAGGACAUCCUGUGCAACCGAGCCAGGAUAGAGCUCGUCAAGAAGGAGGGCCGUAGUCUGGUGCGGGCGCAGCACCCGGGCAGUGCCAGGAUAGAGGAGUUCCUGGGGCAGCUGGAGGUGCUGUGGGAGGAGCUGAAGCGGCAGCACCAACGCAACGUGGUCGUACUGCAGGCCUCCGAAGAGCUCAACUUCAGGGCAGUGCGGGUGAUGCAGGCGCUGGGCGGCCUGGAGUCGUGGCUGGAGGCGGUGGAGACCUCCAUCAAGGAGAGCCCCGUGGCGGGGGACCCCGAGUCCAUGAGCCUGGCGGAGCGCGAGAGCUGCCUGCUGGAGCGGGAGCUGUCCACCAGGGGGACCCAGCUGCAGGCCCUCAGACAGGAAGUGGACACCCUGCGCACCCAGAGGCACCUGCACACCGAGCUGCUGCCCGCACGCAUCCAGGAAGUGGAGAGGAAAUACCAGAGUGUGCAGAGCGCCUUGACUCAGCAGAGCUCCGAGCUGCAGGACACGCGCAUGCUCACCGAAUUCCUGGAGAGAGUGGAACUGGAGGGCGGACGAUACAGCAGCCUGGGAGAGCCUCUGCACAGUGACAUCGACACGGAGCCGUCCCUGUUGACCAUGCCGGCUGGAGGGGGCGGCGUGCCCCUGCUGGAGCCCAUAGGAAACCCCGUGGAGGAGCUGCGGGAGGCUGUGGAGAUGCUGAACGACACGGCCAGGGAACGGGGCCGCUCCGUCUGCCAGGACCAGGCCAUUCAGGAGCUGCUCAGCCGGCAUGCCGCUGUGCGUGUGCGCGUGGAGAAGCAGACGCAGCGGGCGCUGGCGCUGGCCCAGGAGGUGACGGCCAGGGAGAGCGAGAUGGCCGUCAGGUGCGAACCCGAGAGGAGUGGCCUGGAGGGCUUGGAGGAACAGCGGACGCAGCUGCAGGCCGAGCACAACGAGCUCCAGGAGGAAGUGGAGGCCAUGGAGAGACUGGCCGCUCGCCUGGACGAGCUGUGCCCAGAGAGGCUGCUGGUGCUGGGGGCAGAGGUGCAGGCCACCCUGGGUGCCGCUGCGGAGCUCCGGAAUCACAUGGAGGGGAACCAGCGGAGGCUGCGGCAGUUCGGGCAGCUGAGGGACUUCUUCCUGAACUACCUGGGCAUGAUAUCCUGGACAGAGGACACGAGGUCCUACAUCUUUUCGGAGAGUGCCAAGCACCAGGCCAAGGACAACCCCCUACCCGUGGCCGAGAUGCUGGACCAGCAGAUCGAGCAGAAGUUCAAGGAGUUCGAUGAACUCUCCGCCGCGGCCAAGAAACUCAUUGACUCCGAGCAUCACUUGACCAAGAUGAUCAAAGAGCGUAUGGAGGAGUUGCGGAGCAUGCUGGGAUGGAUCCUGGUGCACUGGAGGGCCCAGAAGGCCCAGUGGAAGAGGAGGAAGAGGAGGAGCGAGACGGAGAUAGACGAGGAUGCCAUUUACACUGAGGCUACUGUCUGCUCUUCAUCACCACAGGCCACCCCUGGACAACCCGAUACUGAGGGCCCCACUCCAGGUACCUCAGCAUCCCAAGACAGGCUCAGAACAGACAGCUCCUCAGCAGCACCCCCGUGUGCCUCGCAGGACCAAACCCCAGAGGCACAUCAUGUCACAGAAAACAACUACGAGGUGAUGAACAGUGUUACUCACAGCUCAGGAAGUGAUGUCACGGAUGGGCCGCCAUCGUCCACUUCCUGUGAGAAGUCCAGUCCCCAGCUGCUGGUGCUGAAGGACCCGGGGUCGCCCUCGCAGCCCGGCACGGUGAACCUCAUCCUCAGCUUCAACAACACUGGAGACAGUCAGCUGCAGGUGCAGGGGCCAGACGGAGAGCAGGGGGACAGGUCAUCUGAGCCCAUACACAGGGUAAGUACGUUCUUGCAUGUUAAGGACAACACUGCCACAGGCCCUGUGUAUGAGAGCAUGUCUCUGCCUCGGCUCAGUACCAGAGUCCAGGCGUCGGCCUCCUCUUCCUACCAGUCUCCCACCCUUUCAUCCACCACUAAUUCUUCAUCAUCAUCGUCAUCCUCCUCCUCAUCCGCCACGUCCCCAGCUGUCACCUCCGCCUCCUGUGACAACCUGGCGCCUCAAGUGAGCACUGUUUCCUUCCAUACACUUCCAUGGGGGACAGGCAAAGCAACCACCAGCAACACCACCUCCCAUAACACCGCUGCCUCCACCUCCUCCACCACCUCCACCACCACCACCCCCACCACCUCCACCAGCAGCACCUCCAUCUUCAGCAGUCUGAGGAGGCGUAGCAAGAAGAGGAAGAAGAAGGAUGUGCGCCGCCACACCAUCCAGAAGAUCAUGGGGGUGGAGCAACAGACCGAAGCGGAGGAGCAGAGGGAGGAUAUGGGGGAGAGCACUCAUGUGGUGGACCCUCCCACUGCGGACCGAGAGCCAAUCAUCUAUGACACGCACACGUGGCCAUUGAAGGAGAGAAGGAAGAGGAAGAACGCGGGGAAGAGUGCUGCCGCAGCAGCCAAUGCUAAUACCUCCAUCGCAGAGAAUUCGGAACUCACAGACUACGUCAAGAACCCACUGCUUAGUGACAUCGAUGCUGAAUGUUCCGGAGAGCUUCUGUCAGUUCGACCAAUCAGCCAAGGUCCAGCGUUGCCUAGCAAAGCCUCAGCGCCCUCCUCAGGCCCCCGGGUCAAAGGUCACUGCAGGUUCCUGUCCUUGGGCUCGGUGUUGAGCUUCGAACUUCCCAAAGACGUGGGGGUGAUACCGUGCGUACCGGACGUCAUCACCAUAGCACCCCCGGAGUCCAGACGAGCCGAUCCCAACAACAAAAGCUCACCAGGAAUCGGUGACAGGGACCGGUCCAUGGCCUUGAGCACCUUCAAGCUGGCCAGAUCGCCACCGGCACGCAAAGAAGAGGAGACCAGACACAGUCCUCCUCCUGCUGAGGCGGCGCCACCUCCAGCCCACGUGCAUCGAGCCCAGGAUCAAGACCAGGAUCAAACCCAGGACAGGAAGGGAGAAGAAAUCACCAUUGCUAUUGGUGAGGUGACGCAUCUCAGCGCAAUUCACCAAGCACACCAAUCCCAGAAUAAAGAGGAAGGAUGUGUGAAGGCUAUUGAUGAUAGUGUAAAAGAGUCCUCUGUAGGUGAUGAGGAGGACUGUAUUCCUCCUGAAGAAGACUCCUCUCAAGAAAACUCCUUUCCUCCUCCUCCCUCCCCCGUGGCUGAUCUCAGCAGAGCAGCGUCCCAGAGCAGCCUGGUCAGCAUCCAGACCAAGAGGCUAUCGAGGCUAAGCGGCCUGCAUGAGGAGGAGAGCACAGCGUCAGAAGGAGACAAAAUGGCGGCCAAAUCAAAGAGGAGUGUGAGCAAUCCGCACGCAGCAGAUGACCAAAGCGUCGCGAAUCUCAAACAGAGCGGACUGCAGAGACAGCCAUCUGUCUAUGAGGAUGGGACAGUUUCUGUCAUUGAAGUCCAGGCCCGCGUCUCCAUUGCCACAGACAACACAACUCACGCGUGCCCCAGUGUCCACACUCUGAUUAAAGACCUGACCGAACACAAGUUCCACAGGCCACAGGCAACAAACUCUGCCGCAGCAGCAGCUCUCCAAAGUGGGAAAGAGAGCCCUCUUGUGGCGGUGACACAAAAUCACACAUCCCACAUGGUGCUCAGCUUCAAGACCAGUGGGAGUAACAGUAACAGUAGUGGUGGUGGGAACCCCAGCAGGGAGGACUCGGUAGACUCUGGUCUCUCCAGCUCAGGCAGCUUCAAGCUCUCCAUGGAGGCUCCAGGAGGGGGUGGAGAAACCACAGACAGCUCCCCCAGCAGAAGGGUCAUCGGACGGGUGAGAGCUGUGGAGUCAGGGGCAGAAGGAGGUGGUGGAGGAAAAUCUAAAGCCUCCACGACAACAGCGUCUUCACCAGUGACGACUGUUAACGUUCACAACUCCAGAACAACAACCGUGCACCCCAACCAUCAGCAGUUCGAGGAGGAGGAAGAGGAGCUGGAGGAUAUUUGGAACCAGACCAACGGCUACCAACGGAACAGCAUCUGCUCCGACAUCAUGUACCAGGGCUACAAGGAAGAGCAGAGCAGUACGCCUCCACGGCAGCAGAGGGCAGCACCCUCCCCUAACAAGGAACAAGCCAUCAUCUACAGGAAGCUGGUCACCGCCUCUGCGCCCAACCUACUGGUUGCUGAGUUCAGGUUGCCGCCGUCCAUCCAGAGCGUGCUGGGCUACUACGCCAAGGGCCAGUGUCCCCCCAAGGAGGGAGGAGGAGGAGGAGGCCGAGUGUUGGCCAAGAGGGACCGUCGCUCCUGGGCUGCCUUCUCCCAUCACGAGCGCACCAGCAAGCAGGCCACGGUAGCAUUCAACAUUGAAACGUCAUCGCAUCCUGUCAGCUUCCCAGACAUGGAGGACCAGCGUAAAUACGUUUACCAUUAUAAAGAGGAAGAGGAGGAGGAGGAAGAGGAUGGGAGGGAAGAGAAGAAGGAGGAGGAGGAGGAGAGGAGGAGGAGGAAGGAAAGGGAGCAAGGAGGAGGAGGAGGAGGAGGAGUGGAGGUGGAAGUGAACACAGCUGUGUCGCAGGACCUGCUGUCAGUUCACAUGGGGCUGGGGGGCCCCUCUGGUCAGUCCCAGCACUGCACUGAGGAUCAGGGCUACAUGACCAUCACUGGAGGCCGCUGUAACAAAAUGAAUGGGCAGAAGCCAGAGUUUCCCUCCAUGGAGGGCACACUGGAGAGGAAGCACAGACUGCAACCAGGAGGAAAGAAGGCACCAUGUCGGACCUGGAACACGUACCACGCCAUCCUGUACCGGCAGACACUCAGCUUCUAUAUUGACAGGAAGGACACAUUACGGAGCUCUGCUUCCAGUCUGCCAUUGAACCUGUCAGGAGCUGAGUGUGUCCCAGUACCAGAGUACGCCAAGAAGCCCCACUGCUUUAGCCUGAGGUUGCAGGAUGGAUCCGAGUACCUUCUGAGUGCCUCUUCACGCUUUAUGAUGAAGAAAUGGAUGCUGAGGAUCCAUGCAAACACAGGAUCUGAAGAUGCUGUCCCAUCCAUGCCUAUGUUCUCCAGUGCCUCUCUGCAGGACGACUGUGCAAUGAUGGCCCAUGCAUCUUCCACUAGGUGCCACUGCAGAGGCAAAUGCCACUGUUCAGGCCACGAUGAUGUCACGUCCUGCCUCCAGACAGGAACUUUGCGGCCCACAAAUGCGACCCUCCUCCACAAAGACAUCUCUCAUCAGCUCCCCUUUUGGCUCCAGGGGAGAGGGGAGGAUACCUCCACAGCUAGCCCUCCUUCGCAAGCAGGCCACGGUGAAGAUGACUUUGACCCUCUCAGAAUAGGCCCUCUCUCGAUUCACUCUCAGGACUGGCAGAGUGGGGGCAGUAAGCGCCGCUCCCACUCCUUCACCUCAGCCACAUACCAGCGCAUCAGACCGGUGAGACUGCCCCCCUCAGGCGGGAGCCAGGACAGCGCCUCAAACUACUCAGUGACUCUCUUAAUUGGAGACCAGCCCUCCUCAGUGUCCAGCAGCGGCAACACCAGUAGCACUACCAUGCCAAAGAGGCCAUCGAUGUUUGGCUCCAGCGCACUGGAGCGCCCCCUAGAAUUGCCACUGAGGAACUACGCCAGCCUGCCUCGUCCACGGAACAAAUCCGUCUUCAAGAAAUUCUUCAGUAAGAAGGAGUGAGAGAUGAUGUUGCAGAGAAGGGGCGCAUUGUCAUGGGUCCUUUGCCUCUAUGACACAUUCUCAUGUGCAGAGCACUGAUAGACUGUGUUUUGAUAGAGAUGUUUAUUUGCUUCAUAUUUAUGCUCUGAAAACAUGGAGGGACUCAAUUUCCUGUUUUCAUUUUCUUUUCUUUUUUUCAUUACGAGAUGUUGUGUUUGCAGAGUUGCAAAAUGAAAGACUUUCACUUUGUUUUUGUUUUGUUUUCUCACUCGAAUUUUUACUUCAACUAUCUUGACAUAAUUAACUAUUUUUUUUGUAUGUAUCAUUUCCUCAGUCCUGAGGUUUCACCAUGGUUACCAUGGUAAUCAGACGUCUCCUGGUUUUGAAAUGUGUUUUGUGUGUUGUUGGUGUGUGUGUGUGUUAUUGUUUACAUUGUAUUUUUCUCUCACAGAUUCUUCUUCUUAUUCUAAAGAAAACAUAAUUCAAACCACAAACCGCCAGUCUGUCUCGCUUGAGUCGUGUACACACUGUCUGAGUUAAGUUCUCCUUAAAGGCUGAAAUUCCAACUCGGUUGGCUGAGGCUGCCGUCAUGACUCGAUGCUUUUACUGUGAUGGUAUCAGCGACAGUUUUUAGAGUUUGUGUCAUUUCCAGCUAGUGCCUCACGAGUUCUCCAGCAUACUGUUGUAUAGUAGGCUACUACACGAUUGUCUUGACUCAUUCAGAUGUGGUUUUAUAUGUAUUAUUUUAUUUCCCCUAUCUGAUCAGAAUACCCAGCGGUCAAACACAUUAGAAAAUCAAAAUGUGGCUCACAAAGCAAAACAAACAAUUCAUUUCAUUCAUUGCUGUGUGUGUGUGUGCGUGUGUGUAAUCUUAAAUCACAUCAGCAAAGUCAUUCUUUAUUACAUUCAUCACCACCACAGCUUCUGGACACACUUGGUCAAGGAACACACCAGGCUUUCUGUGGACACACAGCAGCUAACCACUGGUGGUGAGUGCUGUUCAACAGGACAAUCACAGCAGACAGACCACAGGAAGCCAUGUACAGUACUCUAUGUCACAAAGAUUGUCCUUUUGUCCCGUUUUAUUUUUUAUUAUCUAUUUUUGACAGUUUGAUACUGUUUGUUUCUUGUGUUUGUAUAAUAUUGAUAACUCUGGUAACUGUCACUGCACAACUAAUAUUUGUAAUAAAUCGAUAUUUUGUUUGAGA